UUUCAACCCAACGCAGGCAGCGCAGUGUAGGAGUUCCAGCAGCGGAGAAGGGGAGAGGUAGGGACGUUGGGCUCUUUAUUUGAGAUGGGGGACGAUCGACCUUUUGUGUGCACCGCCCCAGGCUGUGGACAGAGAUUUACCAAUGAAGACCAUCUAUCAGUCCACAAACAUAAGCAUGAGAUGACCCUAAAAUUUGGUCCUGCUAGAACUGAUUCCGUCAUCAUCGCAGACCAGACCCCCACGCCCACCCGCUUCCUGAAGAACUGUGAGGAGGUGGGUCUGUUCAAUGAGCUGGCCAGCUCCUUCGAACAGGAGUUCCGGAAGGCCCAUGAGGAUGACCAGAGGAACAAAAACCCGGUGAGGCUCCCCACCCCUCAUCUUCUGGCCCCACCCCUACAGACCCUGUCUGGGGUGAAGGAGGAGGAUGAGGGGCCUCUGGAGGUUGACUCCUCCCCCCCAGGCAGUCCUGACUCCACGUCCAGCAUGUCGGACAGUAGCAAGGAGCCAAUGGGGAGAGGAAAGGAGACUCUUCCUCCUCCACAACCAGUGUUGAGCUCCACCCCCACACCAACCAUUGUACGGCCUGGGUCCCUCCCCAUUCACCUUGGUUACGACCCCCUGCACCCGACACUGCCGUCGCCAACUUCUGUCAUCACACAAACCCCACCCUCCAACAGACAACUGGGCUCUCCGACAGGCUCCUUCCCACUGGUAAUGCAUCUCCCCAACGGACAGACGGUCCCUCUCCUCCCCAGCCCAAAUAUGACCUCAGUCAUAUCUCUGGCGAGGCCAUUUAAUAUGGUGCCCAACAUCCCUGGGAUUCCAGGCCCUCCGAUUGGUGGAACCAGCAGCGGCUCCUCCUCCCCAUCUGGGUAUAGUCUACACUCAGAGGCCAAGAUGAGGCUGAAGGCGGCGCUGACCCAGCAACAGCAUGGCCUGGGGGCUCAGAACGGGGCUGGAGGGGGCACAGGGGGGGUGGAAGAGGGCACAGGGGGGGUGGGGGGGGGACCGGGGUCCAGCCCCGCUGUCCCCCAGAGACAUGAGCAGUGCCAGCAGCCCUCGCAGAAUUCUGACACCCCCUCACCUGCACAGCCACAGCAAACCAGCAGUGGCUCCUCCUCUCCAUUUGGGUAUAGUCUACAUUCAGAGGACAUGAUGGUGUCCCCGGCCCAGCCCACCGGGGGUAGGAGGCGGCGGGGUGCGGAGGCCGACCCAGAUGAGAGAAGGCAGCGCUUCCUGGAGAGGAACAGGGCGGCGGCGUCUCGCUGCCGACAGAAACGCAAGGUUUGGGUUGGCUCUCUGGAGAGGAAGGCAGAGGACCUGGCUACCAUGAACGUCUCUUUGACCAAUGAAGUGGGUCUGCUGAGGAACGAGGUCACACAACUGAAACAGCUGCUACUGGCCCACAAAGACUGCCCUGUCACUGCCAUGCAGAAGGCGGCUGCCUACUUAGCUGCAGGAGGAGAGGAGAGCUCCAGGGAUCCCCCCUCCGAGCCUAUGGGCUCCACAGCCUUGGUCAUCCAGCACGGGCCUUCGGCCCCUGUCCCCAGCCCUGGUGCAAUCACCGUCAACGGGCUGAGUGUAUGCGCGGCUGAGGCAGUGGCCAUGUCGGUCCUGGCCGGGAUGGGGGCGGCCCACCAGGGAGGGGUCCUCAUGGCGCCACAGCCUCAGCCUGCCCCCAGAUGAUGCACAGGGAGCCAAUAAGAACUUUAGGAGGCCGGACUGGUACAAUUAUGUGAGAGAUUGAAAGGGACCUGAUUUGAAAUCUGAAAUCCCACCAGUUGUUAAUAGAAGGGGGGUGAGAAGUACUAUCUCCAACCUAUGCUCAGACCUUGGAGACAGUGGCAGCCAGGAAAGGAUGUUGGGAGUUGACAUCCUGUCAAAGCCACAGAACCCCCCCACCCCCCAAACACACACACACACUCGCUUACAGCCAAUGAUAAUCACUGAACAUACCGAGUAGUCCCGCCCCUUUUGCCCCUUUUCUGAUGGAUCCCUGCUUGGAAGCACUGUCACUGCGUAUAUACAAGCGUAUGUACAUACUCGCACCCCGUGACAUACACACACACACACACACUCGAUCACCGAAUGUAGUGUGUUUUUGUCUAUUUGCAACUCUCUCCCCUGUCUACAGUGUAAAUCUCUCCUUACAUAUUUAUCUUCUUCAUGCAGCUGUUAAUCCAUGGGGAAACUCUUUUUAGGGCUGAAUAAGCGUGAGAUAUUGUUUUCCCUUUGUCAUGGAGUGAGCCAAAGUAUGAGUAUGUUCAAUGUCUGGCCUUUUUAAAAAUUUGUAUUAUUAUUGUUUUUUUAUAAGAAUUCUGCAUUCUGACAAUGUGUAUGAAACCCUUAUUGACUGCAUGGAUAUUAGAGGAGACUGAUGAAGACCACUGUCUGUGUGCUGGUGUCUGCUCAUAUUGUUGCUGGUUUUUAUCAUACUGCUUUUCUCUCCCACUUUUUAAAGUGAUAUCAAAUGACUGAUGCAAACAAUGACGGUGUCCUAAUGUAACACUUGAAAUGGUUAGGUUUUAGAUUAUAGUUUAUGUAGUAAUCAACAAACUUUUCAUUAGAUUUAUAAAUUAUUUACCCAGGCUAAGUUGAGAAAAAGUAGUACAAUAUAUUUUUAUAUUCAAAACAAAUAUUAAUGUCCCUGCAUUUAUCUAAAAUGUGUGUAGUGAAUACAGUGGUAGAAUGGUUUGUUCUAAUUCAAUGAAAACCAAUUACAUUCUAAAUGAUAAGAGAAAAUGUAAACAUAUGACAUUUUCUUGAAUGCAAAUCUCGAGUAGGGGAUGUCUAUUAAGAGAACAUGUAAGCCUACAACAUAUUCUUGAAUGCAAAUCUACAUUAGGGGACGUCUAUAUGGAGUUAAAGAUCAUGUCCUUGUCUCGGGUGCUUUCCAACAUUUAAAAAAACUAUACUGUCUUUUGGAGUAUAUCACUUUUGUAAGACACGUCACUGAAAUAUUUAUGAAAUGUCAUUGAGUGGUGUCUUUUUUUUGUUGACAUUUUGUGUUGAGGAAUACCUUGUUUGUUUCAUAUUUUUUUAACAUGUCAAUGCUCUAUUCAUCAUUUUGUUAUUGCUGUAACUGAACCCUGCGUCACGUUACCUUUCCCCUCGUGUUCUGUCAAGAGGAUGGGUAUGUCUGUCUUCAACAGUGGACCCAGAGUGUAACCUCCGACAAACUAUUAUGGAAUUUGUCUCCAAUCCGUCGAGAGGGUGUUGUUCCCCAAAAGAAUUACACCUCAAGGCGGGGAAAUUUAACUUGUGUAUAGUCUCAACUAUUAAAAGAUUUCCGGCAAAAUAAACAAGUUACUGGCAACAA